AUGAACUCACUUCUCUUCUUCACUCUGCUUGCCAACCUCUUCCUUGCCUCACUCGCUGCUACUCCUCAGGGAAUGGUGAUGGAUGAGAAGAUAAGGCUGGGUUCUACACCGCCAAGCUGCCGCAACCGGUGCAAAGAAUGCAGUCCGUGUGCUGCCGUGCAGGUGCCAACACUGCCCGGAGCCGCCCCUGCCUUGCCUGCAGGCAACUAUGCUUCUUACAACAUGUACUCCAACUAUAAACCUUUGGGUUGGAAAUGCCAGUGUGGCAAACUCUUCUUCAAUCCUUAA